AACAGUGCAGUUGCCUUUCACAAGCAUCGCCGAUAGGACGCGGCGUGAGCUGCCACAGCUGGCAGUAGCACGAGAAUUUACAAAUUAAUCAAAUAAACAACAAGAACCGUUUGCCGACUGCAAUGUUCAACGCAUCUAUCAACAGAUUCAAUGGUAAUAUGGACUCCCAGGGUGAGAGAAUCGUUGAUUGAUCUAGAAUUUAUUAUCAAGCUCAGGAUAUCUGACGCUCCAGGCUCUCCCGCAGAGUACGUUUGUCAAACAAUCGAGUGAGAUCCCGUUGUGCCCCGUUGUCGUGCGAAAGACCAUGGACAAUAAGUGAUGUGAAUUUUUUUUUACAAAUAAGUGGAAGAGAAAAAUUUACUUUUAUUCAGCAAGGACCCACGUGUGGGCUGGGCGUUGGUUAAAUUCCCUGUCUUCGCUAUUUUGUUCUUUCCAAGGGAACAGAAAACGUGAGUGGUGAAAUGAAUGCUCAGUGAACUUCAGUGAAAAGAAAAAUCAAUUCUGAGAAUACUCAAGACGAAUUGUCAUUGCCACUGGUGUACGAGGAUGGGCAAGGAUCCAGGAUUAACGUUCACCACCAAGGGAUGCCACCUCCUGGCCAUUUGGCUCCUUGCCACGUGUGUGGCGAGUAACAACGUCAAUGAACCCCCAAUUUUCGAGCCGGGGGGCUUUCCACUUGGCUUACCACUCUCCGAAGCGACCGAAGUGGGCACCAAGAUAGCCACCCUGAAGGGCCACGACCCGGAAGGUUCACCAGUCAAAUAUGGAAUCCAACCAACUGACAAGUUUACUGUUGACCCUGUCAGUGGUGUCAUCACCCUCGCAAAACCCCUGGAUCGUGAGGAAAACGACACAGUGCGAUUUCUCGUAAGCCUCGAGGAUCAAGUGACAGAGGGUCAACAGCCCAACAUCGUUGGUGUAGAUGCUUACGUCAUCAUUCUGGAUGUCAAUGACAAUCCACCAAAAUUCUCGGGCACUCCUUACGAGGCAAUGGCCGACGAAGAUACUCCAAUUGGUACGACAAUACUCCCUGGUAUACGUGUCACUGAUCCAGAUCUCAUUGGAGGCAAUAUUGAAUUGUCCUGUGUAUCACAGCUCCAGUUUCCCGAUGCCUGCGCCAAGUUUGGCAUUGUCGACGUGGAGAAGAGUGAGAAUACAUACGUGGGUGCACUGGUGCUACGUGAGCCACUUGACUAUAAGCAGAGGCCCUUUUACCAAUUGCUACUGCGGGCUAGUGAUGGUACAAAUGUAGAGACCACUGGAGUGGAAAUUAAAGUGGCUGAUAUACAGAACAGUCCCCCCGAAUUUUUGGAUUCCCUGACUGGAAUAGUCAAGGAGAAUGAUUCAAUUGGUACAUUAGUAAUGACGGUAAAGGCCAGAGAUGGUGACAGGGGAAUGCCGCGACAAAUUGUAUACGAACUGGAGACCAAUCCAUUUGAUUAUUUUCUCCUGGAUCGUGAAUCAGGUGAACUGAGAACAGCGAAGCCCUUGGAUCGAGAAGCCUUGGAAGACUCAACGGGGGUAUUGACGUUAAAGAUAAAAGCACGAGAAGUUGUGAAUGGUAUCCCUGGUAACGAUGAGUCGACAGUUUCGACAGCAAAUGCAACGGUAACGAUAAAAGACGUGAAUGACGAGCCACCGACGUUCAAUAAACGAGAGUACAAUAUAGAGAUACCUGAAAACGUGCCCGAUGGCACGCUUUUGCCCCAUCUAGACAUGACCGUUAAAGAUCCAGACGUUGGAUUUAACUCGGAAUUCUCUCUCCGCCUGGAGGACAUAACGGGUGCAUUUACCGUGGAGCCGUCCGUUGCAACAGGCAGUACCUCUGUCAACAUUCGAGUAUCGAAUGGUUCCCUAGACUACGAGAAUCCAAAUCAGCAGAAGUUCAUAAUUCUCGUAAUAGCCGAGGAAUUACACACAAACCCAAAGUUAUCAUCAACUGCAACUGUUACGGUGACAAUAACGGACGCAAAUGACAAUGCCCCGUCCUUCAGUUCUCCCACCUACACAGCAGUGGUCUCGGAGACGUCACCCCCAGGCACCCCAGUGGCAACAAUCAGAGCGAAAGAUCGUGACAGUGGACGUUUCGGUACCGCAGGGAUAGUUUAUCAGUUGCUCGGUCAGGGAGCUGAGCACUUUGCAGUUGACAAGCGCAACGGGAGUAUAGCAGUUGCCCCCUGUCCCUCCCCAGGUGCCUCACCAUGUCUGGACUUUGAGGAGCAGAACGAGUACUUCUUGAACUACAAAGCAAUCGAUGACGAUGGCAAUGGACAAACGACAACAGUCUCCCUGAGGAUAUCCCUGGCAGAUGCCAAUGACAGUCCUCCAAAAUUCCUACAGGAGAAGUACAGGGCAGUGGUUGAUGAAGGUGCUGACAAGUUCGAGCCAGAGCUGAAGGUUCAAGCACGCGAUCGAGAUAAGACGUCAAAGAUAACGUACUCUAUAAUCGAUGGAAAUGAAUUAGGCUUCUUCGAAAUCCAUCCCAGUACUGGGGAGAUCAGAGUAACCAACAAUGGGCCAGUUGACCUCACCAAUUCGACCCACGAUUGGAUAUCACUGACAGUCAGUGCAACAGAUGGUUUAUUUUCCGAUACAGCGAUUGUCAACGUUACGGUACGAGACGUCAACAACAACGAACCCAUAUUUCUACACGAGGUUUAUACAGCGAGUGUACCAGAGACAGCAUCUCCUGGUACAGAAGUCGAGGAACUAUACGCCACUGACGCCGAUAGUGGCGUUAACGCUGAAUUGAAAUAUCGAAUCCAAAAGGGAGCUUUCGAUGAUUUUGUGAUCAAUGAAACAACGGGAAUGAUAUCGGUCUCAGGUAAUCUGGACUACGACACGAGAAAUGUCUACAACAUCGAGGUUAUUGCACUGGAUGGAGGCAUCCCAAGUCUCAGUGGAACAACCACAUUGAUGAUAAAGAUUGAAAAUACUAAUAAUAAGGCCCCUUACUUCACUCCAAACACUCAACGCGCAGAAGUCACUGAAGACUCCCCAGUGGGAACAGUCUUCACAUCUCUAAAAGCUGUUGACCCUGAUAGCACAACUCAGGAUGCCCUGAGAUUCUCGAUAACUGAGCCGAUAACAGCGAUCGAUAAGAAUGGCCAAUUGGUCUCAUCCAACAUAACUUCCUUCAAGGAUUUUUUCGCGAUUGAUCCAAAGACCGGACAAGUCUCAGUGGUUCGUCCCCUGGACCGAGAGACAGCUGCAACUGUCAGUCUGAAUGUCAUUGUGACGGAUACAUCGGCUUCUGGGGUUCAACAGGGUACGGGAACUCUUGUUAUCACGAUAAUAGACGUCAACCAUUUGCCUCCUGAAUUUUUGAAGCCAUGGACAAAGGAAAAUCCAAAAUAUCCCAUUGAAAUGCAAGAGGAGCAACCGACUGGAGCAAUAGUUGGGGCCUUCACAGCCACUGAUGUAGACAGCAACAUCUCAGGAUACGCAAUAGACCCACCCAGCCCAUACUUCAACAUUGACAAUGUAACGGGAAUCGUUCGAACUAGUCAAGUGAUUGAUUAUGAGGAAACCAAGCAACUUGAGUUUACAGUUGUAGCGUACGAUUCUGGAGUUCCUCAGUUAUCAUCAACUGCUAAAAUCACGGUCAAUAUCAUCAACGUUAACGAUCAAGAUCCCAAAUUUCAACAGCAGUCUUACAACGUCACUGUGAAGGAGAAUGCUCCUCCAGGGACUCACGUGACUGUGGUUAAAGCUAUUGAUGGAGACGAAGGUGCAUUCGGAGAGGUCAGCUACAGCCUCAUCGGCGAGCACGCCUCCGACUUCAAUAUUGGACAUGAAACUGGAGAGAUUACUGUUGGAGUUGCUACUGUUCUCGAUCGUGAGGAGAGGUCGGAGAUAACCGUGACGGUGAUGGCAAGUGAUAAUGCUCCAGUGAACUCCAGAAGAACAACAACUGUUCCUGUUGUCAUUCAUCUGGAGGAUGUCAACGACAAUAAACCACUUUUUACACAGCACAGUUAUCGUGCCUCAGUUGCUGAGAAUCUCUCCAUCAAUCCACCAGCUACGAUUCUUCAAGUUCGGGCUGAGGAUAACGAUGAGGGCUUGAAUGGAAAAGUAUCAUACACGAUAGUGAGUGGGAACGAUGACGGAGCGUUCAAUUUGAAUGGAGAUUCAGGAUUUUUGUAUCCAGCAAUCAGCCUCGUCGGUCGUUCUGGUAAUUACAGAAUUGAAGUUGAGGCGAGAGACGGAGGAGGCAAGGGACCCCACUCGGACAGAGCCUUCGUGGAUAUCCGAGUCAUUCCUGUCAACCAACAUAAACCUGAAUUUGUAAUGCCAGAGUUGGCAAACGCAACAGUGGAGGUGCCAGAAAAUUCUGGUGUACCAAACUAUCUUGUGAUGACAGUGAGAGCAAUUGACGAAGAUUCAGGGGAGAAUGGAAGAAUCAAUUACUACCUAAAAGUGGGAAAUCGUAAUGUCCCAGAGACCGAUGAAUUUGUUAUCGAUCAAGAGACUGGAGAACUUCGAGCGAAAAUCAUUCUCGAUAGGGAAGUCAAGAGCAAGUUUGAGUUGGUUUUGGUUGCCACAGAUCAUGGAAAUCCAACAAAUUACGAGAGUCUACGUUUAUUAACAAUUCUACUUGUCGAUACAAAUGACAAUGUUCCCGAAUUCUAUGAGGAGUACAAUUUUCAAGUGCCGGAAAAUCGACCGAAGGAUUACGUCGUCGGUAGGGUUGCAGCUGAGGACAAGGACGAGGGACGACACGCCAGGGUUUACUACUACAUCGCGGGUGGCAAUGAUAAUAGUUCAUUCUAUAUCGAUAAAUCGGACGGAACAAUUUACGCAAAUAGAACGUUCGAUCGAGAGACACGAGACAGUUAUGUACUGUCUAUUCUAGCUGCUAACGAUCCAGAUCUUUACGUUUCUUCGUCAGACGCUGAUAAAUCGGUGAUACUUAAUCCUGAGCAUGGACAUGUCAACGUAACGAUAACGAUUUUAGAUGAAAAUGAUAGUCCACCGGUAUUCGAGAGAAGCGAUUAUUAUACAGGAAUUAAUUCAAUGGCUAAUGUCAAUGAUAUUGUUGCUAAAGUAAACGCUUAUGAUCAGGAUCUCGGGGAGAAUGGCACUCUAUACUACUACGUUGCAUCAGCAAAUCUGUAUAAAUAUGGAUCGGAUAAGCCAAGUGGAUCGAUAGUACCGAGUCCAUUCAACGUAUCCCAGGAUGGAAAACUCAGGACCAGUGGAUACAUGGCCGAGUACAAUCAGGACAGAUUUAUAGUUGAAAUUGUUGCAAAAGAGACAGCCUCACCCGAGAGAUUUGCAAUGGCAAGAGUUCACGUGUGGGUAUUCGAGCCUUCGCAAUUGAUAAGAGUUAUCCUAUCACGCCCACCAGACGAAGUUCACAGGCAAAGGGACGAAAUAGUAUCGGAAUUGUCAAACGCAACACAGAGUAGAGUUGUUGUGGAUGAGAUAAGGUACCACGUGGAUUCAGCUGGAAAGAUCAGGCGAGAGUGGUGUGAUAUGUAUUUGCACGUUGUCGAUCCCAAAAAUCAGAAUAUCACACCAGUACCACAGGUUCUCCGAGCUAUUGACGCCAAAUACGAUGUCCUCAAGGAUUACUAUAUUGGUUUUGCCAUUGAAAAUGUUGUUCCUGCCUUCGCCGGUCGACAGGAAGCGCCCUUUGAUCCUGCUUUGGCUGCUCUCAUAGCUCUUCUAGUUGUAUUACUUGUUGGAGCUGUCACUGUCACCGUUGUCUGCUGCUGUCUCAGGCACUGGGUCAUCACUGUACCCAGUGAUAUCAGGAAAAAAGACGGACUCAUCAAGAAACAGAUUAUUGACGAGUUGAAUACUACGGAAAAUCCACUGUGGAUUGAACAGAAGUUGAAGCUGUAUGAGGAACAGGAGCUGACGAUGCAGGUCUUCAGUGAACCCGAGGGGGGACUUAUAACGGAGAGAAGGGGCAGUGGUGGUAGUGUUGGUAUGGAUACCUCGCAGGACAACACUUAUGCCACUAUUCAACAUCCAACACCUGCCAAUAGGCAUCGCCCGACAACACCUGAUUAUACGACAUUGCCUGGUAAUCACAGUCUUUAUGAAUCGGCAAUGGGAUUUCAGGGAUCAACGUUUCAGCCAUCAACAACUGUUGUUCCACAGUUAACGCUAGACCGAGAUGGACAGCCGCAAUUUGUCUCGGGACUCGUGUAAAAGGCCAAAUUAUCAUUUCGAAUUUUUUUAUUUCAUCGCAAUCAGUGUAUUCAGUAGCAAAGGUUUUCGAAAAGGCUGCGAAUGUUGAAAUCUGCGUGAGAUUGAAAAAUUUUCCUCAGGGACUUUUUAUAGAGCGAGUCGAGGCUGUAAAAAAGGCCAUGAGAAUGAUAUUUUUAUCUCUCUUAGAUUGGAAGAUAUUCAUUAUUUGGUGAAACUUCAAAGGGUUUUCGCUACUGCACUGGAAACUGUGAAAUGUGCCUAUUUGUCAGACACAACCAUUCAUCUUCGCAUUAUUUAUUAUAAAAAUUCGAUGGUCCAGUGAUUACUGGAAGGAAUUAAUAUUAAAAACUCACAUCCAAGAACCUUGACAAUAACUGAAUCAUAUGGUUUGGUUCGAAGUGUGAGUUUUUGAGUAAAAUUUAAUGUUUCAUUCAAAACGGACUAUUUCUCAGAUUCAUAUACAUCCCAUCGCGUCAUAAUCAUCGUCAUGUAAGCUCGUUUAUCUUCUGUCUCACUGACAAUUUCAAUGGUAAAAUUAAUAAUUCAAUGAAUAAGUAUUAGGCAUGUUAAAGGAUUUAUUAGAGAAUUGAACUUGAAAACGAUUAUGUAUCAAUGUAGCUGGUGUGUGCAUGUAUAUAUUUGUGCGUUGCCAAACUGGGGUACAAUAAUAAUUGACGAAUUGAUUUUGCCGAUUGAGUCGAGGUUAAUCCUACGCUAGAUCGUUAAUUUUAAGAUCACCUAUUAAAUGGAGAAAAAAAAUUGUAGGGUUCUUUUGUCGAGCGACCGACGCUUGACACGACAGGUAUAUUAUGUAUAUAAGUGAAUGUUUAGAUGGAUCCGUCCAGCCCAAGUCCACACUUUUUUCUAAUUAACUGCACUGUUGAAAAGAAAAACUAAUUGAAUUUUCCGGAAGAAAACUCAAUUCUUAGCAGAAAAAAAAUUGAAAAUAAAAUUCCUUGAAAUGUCCGUAGUCAAAUGAUUUGCUAGAAAUUUUCGAGGUCUUUACCGGAAAUUUUACUGGGAAAUUUUUAACAGUGUAUCGUAAAAUAUAUUCAUACUGCUCUCAUUUGUUGUUCUUUUAACUAACUUAUGCAUUUUUAUUUUAUACGUUUAUACUGCCAAUUUGUGUGGGCAUCCCAGCUCAUUGUUAAGUCAUUAGCCAUUACUCGUAAUUAUUAUUGUAAAAGUUUAUGAGUGAGGUAGCGUUGAAUAAUUCACGAUCGUUCGAAUGUUGAUGAAUAAUUUCAAAUAUUUAAUUUAUCCUGAUGUUGAAAUUGUGAGGAUAUUUUGAAACUGUGAUUUGGUGAUGGUUGAUUGGUAUUGAUUGUGAAUUUAUCGAGUGCAUUAACUAAUUAAUGAUUUUGUUAAUUGAUUGAGUCCACGGGACUUUGGGCGGACUUAGUCAUAUCAUAGUUGAAUUAAAAAAUCAAUGGAAAAUUGAAAAAAAAAAUAUAUAUAGAUAAUUGAACGGUGACGUCGAUUCGCAACGAAUCCCGAUUCCAUCCGUACGAUUGAAUAAUUCUUCACUCGCCAACAAUGGUUUGUACAACUUAAAAGCGCUCAAGCCGUCCUUCUUCCAUUUUUACAAAACUCAUCAAAGCAAAUAAAGAGAUAGUGAGGUGUCAAUGAAAAUUCAUAAAAAAUGGUGGAUUUUGCUGCGAAUAGCAAUCACCGGGCAAAUUUAGGGUCCCACGUAUUUAGGGUAGAUGUUUUCACGAAUUAAUUUGAGGGAAGUGAUUGAACGACAAGAUGAAUACAGGACAGCAGACUACUUCCCUGAUAAUCCGUGUUAUCAUUAACAUCGUAUAUAUUAUUACUACAUUGUAUGGUUGCUCUUAUUAUUAAUCGAAAUUAGGAAAAAUUAUUGUCUGUUUAUUGAUUACAAUAUUGAUUGUAAUACUGUAACAUAUUUUAUGUAAGCGAUUAUUAUAAAAAUAUUCGUACGCAAUAA